AAAAGGCAAUUGUCAUAUUUAAAUUGCAACUUGCAGUUUAGCUAAGUUCUAUAGGAAACUUCCUUAAAAAUCUCAAGAAGUAUAUUUAACAAAUGACCACCUCUUGAUAUACUUGUAAAUAGGAGUUGUCAAGCUUGUCUCUCUGUCAUUCUGAGUUCUAACUAUUCUGAGAAUUUCUUCAUUCACAAUUCUUGUAUAAACACAAGAGAAACAGAGAUGGCUGCUUAUGCUGCUCUAACUUCUCUGAUGGGAACUAUACACCUUAUUUCACAAUCCACUUUAGACUUGCUGGAAGGUCAUAAAGAACACUUGAAAUUACUCUACGAGAAAGUUGGCUCAAUGCUAGAGUUUCUUGACACUAAUUCUGAUGAUGAACCAAUGAAGGAUUUGCUAAAAAAGGUCAAAGAUGUAGCACAUAAAGUAGAAGACGAAGUUGAAUCACAGCUACGACUGGUCUCAGAGAAGGAUGAACAUGUUCGGACAGAGGCGGACGAGAGGCUUCUUGCGAUUUUGCAUCAAGCAAUAGAAGGCGCUGAUUCUGUCACCAAAGAGCUCGUCAAGCUGAAGGAGAAUAUUAAUAUGCAAGCAGCAAAUCGUUCGCUUGAGGGUUCUAGUUCACCACGAUCUCAUGUUUCAAUCCUUGAGAAUGACAUGGUGGGGUACAACAUUGAACAAGAGUGCAUGCGUGGUCAACUUAUUGGCCGUUCAUCUCAACUGGAAGUUAUCUCUAUUGCUGGAAUGGGAGGGAUAGGCAAGUCAACUUUUGCCAAAAAGAUGUUUUAUGAUCCCUCAAUUUUGAGCUUCUUUGAUUUCCGUGGAUGGAUUACUGUGUCCAAGGACUACAGUUUAAGAAAGAUGCUUCUAUCCCUCCUUCAAGAUACUAUUGUGGAGAAAGAAAAGAAAGAAAAGCUCGAUAAGAAAAGCAACGGAGAUCUAGCAGAUCUUUUGCAGAAAAGUUUAAAGGGUAGGAGGUAUUUGAUCGUUGUGGAUGACAUAUGGAGCAGGGAAGCCUGGGAUGAUAUUAGACUAUGGUUUCCCGAAAACAGUAAUGCAAGUCGGAUAUUGUUGACUACUCGGGAUAUGAAGGUUGCCGAAUAUGCAAGCUCUCCUGAGGAUCCGUUUCCAAUGCGUCCCCUGGAGCUAGAGGAAAGUUGGAAUUUGUUUUGCCAAAAGGCGUUUGGCAAAAAAGAUUGUCCAACUGAAUUUGAGAAUGUCGCGAAAUUAGUCGUAGAAAAUUGCAAAGGAUUACCACUAAUGAUUUCUGUAGUUGCAGGGGCUCUUUCUAGCAAGAGGAGACUAGAGGAGUGGAGGGAAGUAGCUCAAAGUGUGAGCUCUUUAGUAAACCUUGACGAUUAUCAACGUUGCUCAGGAGUGCUUGCUUUGAGCUACAAGCAUCUUCCUUCACAUUUGAAAGCCUGCUAUCUGUAUUUUGGAGUUUUUCCAAAAGCUAGAGAGAUUUCUGUGAAGAAGUUGAUUAGAUUAUGGGCUGCAGAGGGACUCUUAGAGCUAAAGGGGCUUGAGGGAUUGGAAAAGCUAGCUUCUAAUCUUUUACAUGAUCUUAUUGAUAAAAAUCUGGUUGUUGUUAGCACGCGAAGUUUGUGCGGAAGAAUCAAGGCGUGUAGGAUUCACGAUCUUCUUCAUGAUUUAUGCUUGAGAGAAGCUAAACGCGAGAUGCUUUUGUAUUCUUAUGUUGUAGAUCCCAUAAGCUAUGGAGCUGGAAAGAUUCUUCCUGAUGGUUGUCGCUGGGUGUCAGUUCAUUCAAAUGGUAAUUUUCGGCGCAUUCUUUUUGAUGAUCUUACUCACAGCAAAACACGUUCUCUUCAUUUUUCUGCCAAUGACUUAUGGCAGGAUUCAUUAUUGAGCCUAAAUCAUUUUAAACUUCUCCGAGUUUUGGACUUGGAGGCUGUUGAAUUCAGUUAUUUCCCUAGUGAAAUACUACACCUAGUAGGUUUAAGGUACUUGGCCUUGGCUAUUUAUAAGAUUCCUGAGGAUGUACCAAUUUCCAAUCUUUGGAAUUUGCAAACUCUCGUUGUUUCUCAAUCUGAACUGGACGGGCGGAUAAGCUUACCAAUUGGAAUUUGGGGAUUGUCUCAGUUGAGGCAUCUCCACUGUACAAGCAUGUACGUUCAUUCUCCUCAAAAGGUAUCGGUUAAUGAAGUUAAUCACCCGAUUUUGGAAAAGUUGCUUAGUGUCUCUGGAUUGAGUCUUUCUUGUUGCACAAAGGAAAUGUUUGAAGGGAUUAAGAAAGUGAAAAAAUUGGGAAUUUUUGGCACUGGCAACGAAUUUAUUGAUGUGCCCGAGUGUCUAGAUAAUCUGAUACAUUUGCAUGAGCUUGAGACACUAAAAAUUGCAGGGUUCAAUAUGGACUUGCUUGAUUUCGAUUUCAGGCUUCCACGUCUGGUUUCUUUCCCACCAAAUCUCAAGAAGUUAACACUUUCCAAAACUUAUCUUCCAUGGGAGGACAUGACGAUCAUUAGCAAGUUGCCCAAACUCGAGGUGCUCCAAUUGAAGAAUUCAGCCUUUGUUGAAGCAUGGUCAGCAGAAAGGUGGGAAGUAACAGAGAUGGGAUUUCCUGAAUUGAAAUUCGUGCUCCUUGAGAAGUUGGAUCUUAAAUAUUGGAGAGCCGCUGAUAUCGAUGAUAAUUUCCCAUGCCUCGAGCGUGUCGUUAUCAGAAAUUGCAGUUACUUAAAACAGAUUCCUAAAGUAUUUGCAGAUAGUGGGACACUGCAGCGAAUUGAGUUAUGGGGAUGUUCUCCUUCCCUUGUGACUUUUGCUAAGAAGAUUCAAGAAAAUCAUGAGGAUUUGGGAAACAACAUGCUUAAAGUUUAUGCCUUUGACACAAUUGGAGAGGUAAAUUCAGAUGAAGUUAAUGAAGAAGCAGCGGAGGGAGAUAUGGAGAAGACUGUCAAAUCUUUAGAGCAAGAAACUGGGCUUGAUUCAGAUGAAGAUUCUGAAGAUUUAGCAAUGAAAGCAGUGUUAGAUAUGCUUCAAUCUGAGUUGGAUUCAGAUGAAGAAGCAGCAGACAUAGAUGCAGAGAAGGCCGGGCAAAGUUCUAGAGGAAGAGACCGAUCAAAAGCUUACGUCUAUAAGAAUUAUUUUGCUCCUUUAUUAGUAGAAUUUUUUCCUAAUUUUCAUCUAGAAGAAACAGAGGAAGAAUCAAGCAAAUGAGUUUUUAAGUUAGAUUUGUGAGGGAAGGUGUUUUGGUUUACUUAAAAGGUGCCAAGGAAUUUGCAGAUAGAACAAAACUGCAGCCCUUUUAAAUCAAAUGCUAGUUUUUUCUUUUGGUUUUGUUCCUGUUCUUGUUUAGUAAAAUGGGUUGUAUUUUAUUCUCAAAACUUCUCAAGAGAAAAAUAAACAGAAUACAUAGAGUUGCUGUGUAAUAGUGCUAUGGGAUUUUAUACUCAAA